CAAGAAAAGAAUACAACAUGGCAUAGCGGAGCAAAUGACAUGCCGUAAACAGAUUAAAAAAGGCCUCCCUCUAUCGUCACUUACUCCAAACUUGACGAAUUAAGAAGAGGAUCCUGCAAAACCCUAAAAACCUGUCAUUCUCCAAUAAACCCCAAAGAUGUCCGAUUCUAUCCUGCACGAAGAAGAAGUACCAAUGCCAGAAACCAUAAGUAAAGACGACACCACAUUGCCUUCCAAGCGUAAACUCGAUUCACUUCCAGUUUCUCAAAUUAAAGAAAAAGCAGAAGAAACAAAUCAGCCGAAUAAAACUCAAAAAUCGCAUUCUCUCAAUGACAACGGCAAUGAAGAGAAAUCCAGAGAAAACAAACUUCUUGAAUCUUCUAGUAACGAUAUCGCCUCUAAUUUCUCGAUUCCCGAAGAGAAACCCGAAAACGACGUCCUUUUAGUAGAAGAAGAAGAAGACGAUGUUGAUUAUGCGGAUGAAGACGACGACGACGACGACGACGAUGAUGAGGAGGAGGAGGAGGAAGAAGAGGAAGAGGAAGAGAAUCCGGUGGUGGAUAGGAAAGGUAAAGGGAUAAUGAUAGAAGAGGAAGAUGAUGACGACGACGACGAUGACGAUGCGAGUGAAAUGGACGGUGGUGAUGAUGAUGAUGUGGAGUUGGAGGAUGAUCCUUUGGCCGAGGUUGAUUUGGAUAACAUUUUACCGUCGAGGACUCGGCGAAAAACGAAGCAUCCUGGAAUUUUUAUCGGUAAAAAUCUUGGUAAGGAAGAAGAAGAUGAUGAUGAUGAUGAUAGUGAUGCUUGACUAUUCAAAGGAAAGCUUCAUGUGACAUCAAGUUUCAUAUGCCUUUUCCCCCACAACAAACUGUUAUGGGAAUAUCUGGGAUAUAAUUUUCUUCUACUUUGUAAAUAUGUGGUAAAGAGUGCAAUUUGCAAUCGUUAUAGUGUUGGAUUAUCUGUGCGGAUGAGGUGUAGGAGGAUUCCCUCACCUCUAUUUCAAGUGUCUGUAUAUGAUAAAUCUUCUUACUUUAUGGUACUUUUUCGUUGUAUAGUGAUACUUCUCAAAACGUUGAGGGUUCCAAUGUGGGGUAAGAAGUAGUUUAUAGUUUGCUAAAUUAUGUGAAGAUAGUAGUGGUGAAAACUUUUUACAGGACUAAAAAGUGUUUGAGCUGCAGUUUUAACUUCGGGAAAGAAGUUUAAUGGAGUUUUUGCUAGGAGAUGCAAGUCCCUUUUUCUACAGUCAAGUUGGUUUUUGUAUAAGCAGUAUAACUUGUAUACUGAAGGAAGUUUGCAUCUGUUUUUUUUUUGUUU